UGCCUUUCAUAGAGCCCAAAUUUCCAAAAGGAAGCAUCUCAAGUCUCGGAAAAACGGAGCACUUUUUCGAGAUGAUCAAGAGAUUUUACUUUGAGCUCAAAGGCGAAGGAAGUGUAGUUGGGGGGACAUUUUUUAUGACCACCCCUGUGGCUGUAGCACUGGAUUUGGAUUUUGUAAAGACCAUCCUUGUGAAGGAUUUUCACCACUUUCACGAUCGUGGAUUUUAUGUGAAUGAACGCGACGAUCCACUAAUGGCAAAUUUGCUGUCAAUUGAGGGUCCUGGGUGGAAGAGUUUGCGAGCAAAGCUCUCUCCUACUUUUACAAGUGGAAGAAUGAAAUUAAUUUUUCCCAUCUUGAAAGACAUAUCGAACAGAUUUGUGCAGUGUCUCAAUGAGGAGCUCAGUGAGAGGAAAGAAAUUGAGCUUAGUGAUUAUAUGUCGCGUUUUAUGAUUGACACAAUUGCUAAUUGUGCUUUUGGACUGGAUUCCAAUUCACUCAGAGAUCCAAAUAACGAAUUUUACAUCAAAGGUCAAGAGGCAUCGGAUAUUUUGAUUGCAAGAACUCUCAAGAGUGUUUUCAUGACGUCAUUUAAGAAAUUAUCCGUAUUUCUGCGUCUUAGAGUGAUAAAUGAAGAAAUGACUCAAUACUACACGAAGAUUGUAGCAGAUACAAUGGCCUACAGAGAUGAGAAUAACGUUCAAAGGGAUGAUUUUUUGAGUAUGCUCAUGAAAUUGAGGCAUAGAGAAGAACUCAAUGGAGAUUCAGGAAAAACGAUGGAUUAUGAAAAAAUAACAAAUAAGGAAAUUGUAGGAAAUGCAUUCCUUUUCAUCGUAGCAGGAUACCACACUUCAGCAGCUUCCUUGGAGUUCUGUAUUCUAGAAUUAGCUCACAAUACCGACAUACAGGAUCGUCUGAGAAAUGAAAUAAGAUCUGUGCUUGAGCAGCAUGAGAAUACAAUGUCGUACAAUGCAUUGAUGGACAUGAAGUAUUUGGAUAACGUUGUGAAUGGUAAGUCUAAACGCCUUUAUUUACAGAUUAAAUGAUAUUUGAGCAAUUGAACUCAUCCACAAAACCUUCACAGAAACUUUUCGAAAACAUCCAAGUGGAGGAACCCUAACUCGUUGCCUUAGCGAUGACUA